AACAGAUCGUCUACUCAAAUUCAUAAUUUUUCAACAAUUAAGUGGCCAAAAAUGAUAUUCUCCGUCCUGUAAUUAAGAAAAAUAUCUCAACUCAAUUUUUUUUUUUUAAAAAAAAAAAAAGAAAAAAAAAAAGAGAAGAUCCAUUUACCUCAUCCACCUAAUCUAAACCGACCCGACCCGACCCGGAUUCGACUACAACCUCAAAAACGGACCUUUCACAUCCAAAUUCCACAUCUACACAAAUCGGGCUUUCUUAUCGGAUCUUCCCGGUUUCCCAUCUUCUCCAUUAACCCUAACCCGAUUUCACUUUCGGAUCCUCCGAUCGGGUCAACAAAAAAGCCCAGCACUUUCGGAUCCUCCAAUCGGGUCGUUUAUCAGAGCUCCGGCAACACAAAAAGCCCAUCAUUUUUGCCCAGGUUCGCAAUUUUUCUGUUCAUUUUUUGACCCGGAUUUAACCCAUUUCAAUUCGGAUCCUCCGACCGGGUCUAUCUGAACUCCGGCAACGAAAAAAUCCCAUCACUUUUGCUCAGAUGCUGUAUUUGGACAAUGACUUAUAAGUACAACCAUUUUUCAAUUCCUUAAAAUCUGCCAUUGCAUUCGACUUGGUUGCUGUUGUUUUGUCAUUUAACAGCAUUUAGACCAAAUCAUUUUGUGAUAGCAGAUUGGUUAGUUUGGCCUCAUCCAUGCCAUGGAAAUUCCAAUUGAGACCCCAAUAAAGAAAACAAAGAGGUUGACAUCCGUUGUGUGGAACCAUUUUGAAAGAGUUCGAAAGGCAGAUAUCUGUUAUGCUGUCUGUGUGCAUUGCAAAAAGAAGCUUAGUGGAUCAAGUAACAGCGGAACAACUCAUUUGAGGAAUCAUUUGUUGCGGUGUCUAAAAAGAUCCAACUAUGAUGUUACCCAAAUACUUGCGGCGAAGCGAAAGAGAAAAGAUACUACUCUUGCAGUUGUCAGCUAUGAAGAAGGGCAAAGGAAAGAAGAAACCAUUAGCCCUUUGACAACCUUCAAGUUUGAUCAAGAGGUAAAGAAAGAAGAAGUUUACCCGAUGCCUAUCAGCCUUGGCAGUGCAAGAUUUGAUCAAGAGCGGAGCCGUCUGGAUCUUGCUCGUAUGAUUAUGUUACAUGGUUAUCCUUUAUCCAUGGUUGACCAUGUUGGAUUCAAAAUAUUUGUCAAGAAUUUACAGCCACAAUUUGAGGUUUUGACUAAUAGUGCUGUUGAACUUGAUUGUAUGACAAUUUAUGCAAAAGAGAAACAGAAGGUGUAUGAAGCGAUCCAUAACUUGCAUGGAAGAAUUAGUCUUUCUGCUGAUGUUUGGGAUUCGUCAGAAAAUGCACGGUAUCUGUGCUUGACUGCUUUUUACAUUGAUGAAGACUGGAAGCAUCAAAAGAAAUUGCUGAAUUUCAUCACACUGGACCCUUCUCACACAGAUGACAUUCUUUCAGAAGUUGUUAUUAAAAGUUUGACAGACUGGGCCAUUGAUCGCAAGUUGUUUUCUAUGACUUUCGAUCAUUGUACAGGCUAUGAUGAGAUGAUUUUUAGGAUCAAAGAUUGGCUUUCUCAGAACAGGCCUCUGUUGAAGGGUGGUGAAUUGUUUGACGUGCGCUGUGCAGUGCAGUUACUGAAAUCAAUUGUUUCUGAUGCCAUGGAAGCACUUCGAGAUGUGACCCGCAAGGUUCGAGAAAGCAUAAGGCAUGUUAAGAGCUCACAAGUAACCCAAGGAAAAUUCAAUGAGAUUGCUCAGCAAGCUGCGAUCAGUGGUGAGAGACCUUUGAAUCUUGAUUGCGGACAGCAGUGGAAUUCAACAUACUGGAUGCUUGAAGCUGCCUUAGAUUAUAGGGGAGCCUUCUGUCUACUAGAAGAGCAUGAUCCUACCUACACUAUCGCUUUGUCUGAAACGGAGUGGGAUCAUGCUAGUGUCAUUUGUGGCUAUCUGAAACUUUUUGUUGAAGUUAUUAAUGAUUUCACGACAAAUAAGUAUUCAACUGCCAACAUAUAUUUCUCAGACAUAUGUGACAUUCACAUCCAGUUGAUCGAUUGGUGCAAGAAUCCUGAUGAUUUCUUAAGCGAUAUAGCACUGAAGAUGAAAGAGAAGUUUGACAAGUACUGGAGCAAGUGUAGUUUGACUUUGGCAAUAGCCGUAGUACUGGAUCCCAGGUUCAAGAUGAAGUUGGUGGAGUAUUACUAUAAUCGGAUUUAUGAUUCUGAUGCCUCAAAUCAGAUCAAAGAAAUAUCUGAUGCUAUAAGGGAGCUUUCCAAUGAGUAUUCUAUGGGCUCGCCUUUGCUCGAUCCAGAUACAGCUGGUGCUUCUGGCAGCUUAGCCAGUACCAUUAUUGGUACAAGGGACAGACUCAAGGGUUUUGAUAAGUUUCUCCAUGAAACUACACAAAACCACAACAUAACGUCAGAUCUUGACAAAUACUUGGGCGAGCCAGUCUUUCCACGCAAUUAUGAUUUCAGCAUAUUGAAUUGGUGGAAAGUUCACACACCUAGGUAUCCUAUAUUAUCAAUGAUGGCACGUGAUAUCUUGGCAGUUCCUGGAUCCACUCUUGGACCAGAGUUGGCUUUCAGCAACAGAGGCAGGGUGCUCGACCUUCACCGCAGUACACUGAAUCCGCAUGCUAGAGAAGCUUUGAUAUGUGGUCAAGACUGGUUGCGCAUGGAAUCCGAAGAAACCAACGCACCUCACAUCUAUACUGCUGUGCCACUUUCGGUGGAAUCAAAGUAGACAUGCUCAGUUUGAUUGGAGGAUCGUUCGAUCAGGAUCCACCAGUGUUUGAUUUCGUUCAGUAACUUUGAACUUAUUAUCAGAUUAAUGCAAAGUGAGUAGAUUAAUUUUAUUGCUUUAGGAUCAACAACUUCUUGCGAUUUUCUCGUCUCUUUUAAAUUGUAAAUGUUGACUGCAGUAGAGAUAUGUAUGUUGUUCCACCCUGAAUGUUGCGGGUGCGCCGUUUCCCAUGAACCGGAACUUCGACAAGUUCGCUUUAGGGGUGGAGUUAGUAGAGAGGAAGGUUGUGUUGAGAUGUGGUGUUCUGAAAAAAGAAGAAUCUUUCUAUCAGUUUUAUGUGUAUUGGCUUUCUUUUUUGUCAUAGUCUAUCUUAACAUGAAGUAAAUAUUUUUCUU